GUCAGGCUGGGCUCUGACCGCGGCCACUACCGUAGCCUGCUGCAGAGCCAGCCCGGGACAGCAUCGGACACACGGCCGCACACCGAAUCCAGACGUAGGCCCCGUUUUACCUGUCGGUCCGCGUGGAAAGUCGCUCGAUGGGGAGCAACAGAGAACUACCUCUUUGCGUCACCGCCGCAUCUCUAUACUGCAGAAACUCUUCUAUAAUGAAACUAGUAUUAACUGAAUGGCAAUAAUAUGGGAUUUUUAAUAGACAAUAAACAAGCCAUAAUCCAAAGCUUCUACCAAAUAGUCCUCAUCUGGUGUAUGGUUUUGAGAAUACUUUUGAAGGAAAUGGUUGGAAGAGAAGUAUUAAACCUACAACUGAAACACAAAACGGGAGGAAACAGUUUUUUCAAAAAGCAGAUUUAUUUUUUUAUGGCAGCAAUGGCUCCACAGAAUGAUGAUACAGGACCUAUGCAAGCACAAGAAUUGCUCACAAAAUUGAAAAAGAAAGAAGUCGAGGAGAAUGGUGAUGAAACAGUUAGUGAGGGGUCCAUUGACCGCAUUCCCAUCAAAUUAUGGGUGAUGCAUGGUGCAGUGAUGUUUGGCAGGGAGUUCUGGUAUGCAAUGGAAAGCGCCUUGGUAACACCAGUAUUGUUGCAGAUAGGUCUUCCAGAACAAUACUACAGCCUCACCUGGUUUCUAAGCCCAAUCCUGGGACUGAUCUUUACUCCUCUGAUAGGUUCUGCUAGUGACCGCUGCACAUUGAGCUGGGGCCGCCGGCGGCCCUUCAUCCUAGCUCUUUGUAUUGGAGUCCUCUUCGGAGUUGCACUCUUCUUAAAUGGCUCCCUCAUAGGUAUGGCCAUUGGAGACGUCCCUGACCAUCAGCCAAUUGGCAUAGUCCUGACGGUUCUUGGUGUAGUAAUAUUGGACUUCUGUGCAGAUGCAACAGAGGGACCAAUCAGAGCUUAUUUGUUGGAUGUGGCAGACACGGAGGAACAAGAUAUGGCACUCAAUAUCCAUGCAUUUUCUGCAGGCCUUGGUGGAGCUAUUGGCUAUAUGCUCGGUGGCUUAGAUUGGACACAAACUGCUUUGGGCCAGAUCUUCAAAUCACAACAGCAAGUCCUCUUCUUCUUUGCAGCCAUCAUCUUUUCUGUCUCUGUUGCUUUGCAUCUUUUCAGCAUCGAAGAGGAGGAAUAUAACCCCCAACAAGACCGCAUUGAUGACGAAACAGAUGCACGUUCCACUGUUAAUAUGAAUAACAGUCUCCCACCCCUCCCUCGGCUUGACCUGCUUCAUGAAGAAGGACCUUGCACUGCUGCAGUCUUCCCUGAUGAAACUUACUCUGUGCAAGAUGUCAAUCUCGACUUCCUGGAUGUAAAUAUUGGACGGAGCCAAGUGACUCUGUUUUGCACAUGCCUGAUGCAAACAAUAGAAAUUGAAUCAGAGUUAUUUUUUUUGAGAGACAUUGAACCUUCUAUUUUCCAGGACCAUUGUGAUAGCCUGCAUCAAUCUUCAACAAGUAUACCCAAAAGUAACAAUCAGGAAAUAAUAUCCAAGUUUAAUCACAUCUCUGGUUUGCUCAGGGAGCAUGAAUUUGAGGACACUUUGAAAGAUGAUCUUAAAUCCUCCAAAGUGAUAAAUGGGCUAUCUGAUGACUGCGCUAACGAUAACAUUAACCAUAAUACCUGUAGGGUUGGAAUGAAACCAUCGACAACCAGCAGUUCCAUGCGCAGGCGGAGGCACGUGUUCUACCGGCAGCCAUCUCACACCUUUUCGUACUAUGGCAAGAUGGGUUCACCGUACCGCUUUCGUCGUGCCAACGCCAUUGUCCUGAUCAAAUCUUCGCGCAGCAUGAAUGACCUUUACGAUCUGCAGAAGAAACAAAGGCAACGUCAGAGACUACGGAACCAGAGUGGUGUGACCAAUUCAAGCAGUGAUACAGAAAGUGAGGAAGGAGAGUCAGAGACAACUGUAAAGCUUCUGUGGUUAUCUAUGCUGAAAAUGCCGAAAGAGCUAAUGAGACUCUGUGUAUGUCAUCGUACUUGGUUUGCUGUGAUUGGGGCUGCUGUGUUCUACACAGUCAUGGGGCAAGUUAUCUAUGGAGGAGACCCAAAAGGUCUUUCCAAUUCCACUGAGCUCUGGAACUAUAAUACUGGUGUGCAGAUGGGAUGCUGGGGACUUGUUAUUUAUGCUAUUACUGCUGCGAUCUGUUCAGCUAUUUUACAGAAGUACUUGGAUAACUACGAUUUGAGCAUUAAAGUUAUCUACAUAUUAGGAACACUUGGGUUUUCAAUUGGUACUGCAGUGAUGGCUAUUUUUCCAAAUGUUUACGUGUCAAUGAUAAUGAUCAGCACAAUGGGAAUAGUAUCUAUGAGUAUCUCGUACUGCCCUUAUGCUCUUCUUGGACAAUACCAUGAAAUGAAACAAAAUCACAGUCCUGGAAACUCCAAGAGGGGCUUUGGAAUAGACUGUGCAAUCCUUUCCUGUCAAGUUUAUAUUUCCCAAAUACUGGUAGCAUCAGCACUGGGUAGUGUGGUGGAAGCAGUUGGUUCAGUUCGAGUCAUCCCUAUUGUGGCAUCCAUUGGUUCAUUUCUUGGCUUUUUAUCUGCCUCAUUUCUUGUGAUUUAUCCGGGAAAUCAAGAAGACGCAGUGGAGGAAGGAAAUAAAGAGACUUUAAUGGCAUCUUCAGUAAACAGUGGGAAAAGUACAGAGAAGCCAGUUGUUUUGAAGUUGACUCGUAAAGGCACUAUCUCUAAAGUGGAGAUUGAAUCAUCUGUUUAAUAAAACAUUCCAGAAACUGCAUGAUCAAAAACACGCAACAGAUUUCCUGUCCUUCAUUCUUUUCUGCAGUCUUAACCUACUUUGGAAAAGAAAAAUGCGAAAGCAACCAUAAUAGUUUCUUGUAAACAAGUGCCCUGGCAGUUUGGGAGUGGAUAUGGUGAACAAAUAGUUUCAUGAGUAAUUUUUUUUAAAUUUACAUUUCAGGACUGAUUUGACAAUUUGCUUUUGUGUACCAUCGGAUACAGUGAGGCAUCAAGUAAAUAGACGGAUGUUUGGUACAUUUAAAAAGAGCGUGUAAUCUGAUACCCAAGCAUAGUGUUUUGUAGCAAGUGAAAAAGCUAUUUUGCAGUAAAUGAGAUGCUGCUUUCCUUAAUUCUCCAAUUACACUGUUGCUGGUUCUCCCAAUUUGAAAUUUUGAAAGUUUUGACUGCAACCAUCAUAAAUAGAGCAUUUUUUAAAAAAAAAGUAAUUGGAACCAGAAGGAUCCUCUGAAUAUUCUCUUUCUAGCUGUGGAAAUGUUAAUCAGCAAUAAUCUGAACAACUUGAUUAUUUGUCUGGGCAACUUAAAUCUUUCAAACUGCAUUAUGCAAUCAUCUUUCCUCCUAGCCCACUAGGUUGAAUGAACAUAUUUAUUCAUCCAAUAGAGUAAAGAGAAACAUGCUGCCGAUAUUUUUACCUUGGAAAAACACGUUCAUAGCUCCCAACUUUUUCCUGAUAACUUGUUUUGUGGGAAGCCCUACACACACUUGGCCAGUGUGCUUGGACAGAUGGAAUUUAAUAUAAUAAGCCCUGGUUAAGUGACUGAGAAUGGUCUUGAGCUAUUUUUGUAAGCAAUUAAAAUAUAGACCUAUAAAGAUGUGAGUGUUGCCUAUCAAUACCUUUGUUUCAGAUAGGCAGAUGUCCAGAUUUGCUGUUCUAUUUUGAAAACAAAUUUACAUUUUUGCAACAACCCUACAAUACAUUCCUUUUUCUUCCUGACAUAUUUCAAUAAAAGAACAAACAUUUGAUAGUAAUGCUGUAAUCAGUACAGCUGAUUUAGUCCCAAAGACCAAAAAGAACUUGCCCUGAAUGCAAAUCACUUAGAAUUAUUGCAUGGCCUUGAUGCCUAUAGGUCUUCCUUUGUACUGCGCUUUAAGUUGAUAGCUGAGUUGUAUGUGCUCAAAUUACAUAUUUUUGCUCUUGUCCUAGAAUGUUUUCACAGCUGCUUUAUGAUCAAAGAUGCAUCUCUACAAGGUAGAGUAGCUUUCUAGAGUUUCCUUCGCAUCUCUGCCUGUUAAUACUGCUUCAACUCUGCCCCUCUGGGUAUGAGGUUGGUUGAGUCUAUGACUUAAGACACUUCUAACUGGUGACUCCAGCAAUAUAGUACCAGAAGUAACAGUUUAGUAAAAUCUACUACGGAGAAAGUUGUUUAACAUUUGAAAUAAAGAAAAGCAUAGGAAAGCUAAUUGGAGCAGUCCAUUUAGAAUUGUAUUUUAUUAAGAAAUCUAACAUGCCAGCCUUUUGAAAACUGAACUUGGGCCAAAGAAACCAGAAACUAAACACGGCCUGAUUGUUACAGUUUCUUGAAGUGGCUGAAGGUUACCUGUCUUCUCAGGAAAGACAGCAAAAAUGUGGCAUACAAUAGUGUCAUUUCUGUUGUACAGAAACUCUCUCAAUUCUGGAGUGAAAGUGAACUGCUCAGCACAGCCUUGAUACUUCCAGAGUUAGCCUUAGCUUGAUUUUAGAUUGAGAAAUAUAAUUCAGAAUGAUUUUCACUGUUACGAGGAUGUAGUAAAGGAGGAGACUAACCACUGAGUUUUGUUUUAUUGUGUGCAGAUAAAUCACACAUUGCAAUAAUUGAUCAACCCACCUUUGUUGUGAAAUAGAUAUCACAAUGCAUGCAGAAAUGCUGCUUUCAUCUACAGAAAAAUAAUAAUGGCAUUGUGUGUAAAAUCUAUUGUGAGUUACAAGAAAUCCAUUACUUUAUGAUAGUGGAUUCAGUGCAAGAAUGUAUGUAUUUGGAAGAAACGUACCAUUUUACCAAAGCAAAUAUACACAAUAAAUGGCAGCAGAAUCCUUUAGUUCAAUGUACUGGUUCUAUACUGUCAAAAUGUUGACUACUAAAGCAAAAACUCUAUGAAUGUACUAUGCGUGGUUCUUUGAAUGCUAAGGCAAUCAGCGGAAAAUUGCACACAGUUGUACAUCAAAGACUUUAUAAAUGUUUGUCAUAUUUAUUUUGCAAUUGUAUUGAUUUUUGUUUUGUAUUAAAAUACUACUGAGCUUAA